CUCAGCCCCGGGUUUGGUGCCCCCGAGAAGCCGGCGCCGGCACUGAGCGACGGUCCCUCCCCGAACCCGCCCAGCGUCCCGGAGCCCGAGCCGCCGGCCCCCUUCGCCCCCUUCUGCACGGACGCUGCCCCCGCCGCCCUGCCAAGUGCCUUAGACUCCCCUGCAGUGCCCAGGGCCAUGGACUGCCCGGCCAUGGGCACCCUGGAGCUGGCUGGGCCGGGCCAGCAGGGAGCGCUGGCCUUUGCCACCCCCGUGGGCCAGCUGGACACAGGCGCCGCAGGACCCCCCUGCUCCAGGACCCCCCUGAAACGGGCCCGGCGCAGCGGGGAGGGGCUGAACGGCAAUGUCCCUCCCAGGGCAGCCCCCCGCAGAACCAAGAGCCCUCGCCGUGGGGCCAGGCGGGGCCGCGGGGCUUGGGGGAGCCGGCGGCACUUCAAUGGGCAGGCGGGUGAGCCAGGCGAGAAGGCAGCACCCUCCGGGCACCCGCCCCACCCGGCCUGGAGGUGCAACGGUGAGAUCCUGGUGCCAGGCACGGCCGGCCCGCUGGCCCCCAGCAAAGCAGAGGAGAUAAAGGGGAACCCCGGGAGGCUGCGCCCGUCACGCCGGGGCCGGAGGAGGAAGGUCAGCGCUCCCCGGCCUAGCACCCGCCUGGAGACGCCACGAGCGAGGGGCCCAACCGCCGAGCCAGGCUCCGUCCCCACCGAGGACGGUGCCCCUGGGCGGCGCCCCCGGCCUGGCCGCCCCGCCAAGAACCGCCGCAGGAAGCUGGUGACGUAGCGUCGGCCCAGAGGUACCCAGGGGAGGUGAAGCCGAGCUGAGGCCCGGCCGGGGGCACCCUGUGGACAGUGAGGGGCCCGGCGCAGGUGCCGUUGCUGGCAAUGGGCACUUACCGCUCCGCCCAGCAGGAGGCAGUGCCGGGCUGUGGCCGCCAAAGCACUUCUGAAGCCAUUCUGCAAUGCAGUGAAAUCCCAGGGAGCCGGGGCAGCGCCCCCUGCAGGCCGGGGCUGCUCCCAGCUGCUGCCGUUCUGCCCGCCCCCCCUGUAUCAAGGCUGUGGGGGGGAGGGCUCCUCCCCUACCUCAGGCCUGCGGGUCUCAGCAGGGCCAGGAACGCCUCAGGGGUUAGCUUUCCGCAUGUCCCGCUCACCAAAAACCUCCCUGUGCCCCUCGCCGGGGGGCAGCCUCCCGGGCAACGGUACAAAGCAAUAAGCGUGGCAUGGGCAGAGCCUGGGGGCGCCUGGCCCGUGACGCUGGGGCACCGGGAGGGACCAGGCCCCCAGCCCCCUUUUCCCUUGUUUUUAACUCCUCCGAGAACACUCAGGUCCGGCGGCUGGCGGGGCCCGGCCGUGCCGCCCGCCCACCCACACUACGCGCUCCCAGGCAGCUGGUGGGAAUUAUGCAAAGCGGGGGCUGGGCCCGCCCCCCCCCCCUCACCGACGGGGCCUUGCUUUUGUAGACGCUGGAACCGGCCCCUGGGGAGCCACUUAAUUUAACAGCUGGGGGCCGAGUGCCGCUGGCUCUUCCGCCGGGAUUUUGGGGUGUUUUGUAUCAAUUAUUAAAAUGUGUAUUUAAAA